AUGCCUUCAUCAGUACCACCGUCGUCGUCAUCGUCGUCUCUCGAAAGCCUGGACAGUGGCAUCAACGCUGCCAAGCUCGAGGCAGCUAAUCGUUAUGUCCGCUGGAAUCUUCUAUUUCUUCUAAUAAUUUUCAUCUUUCUUUUAUUCCCCAUAUGGAUGCCUCUUAUACCCUAUGUCAAUCAAGCAACCAACAUCGUUUUCAUAAUCAUCAUCGGUCUUUUUCAACUCGUCUGGCUGGUCGCCACUAUUUGCGCCAUACGCCGAACGCUCGCCAUCAAUCGACGAAAUAAGCUCAAGACCACCGAGGUCCGAGAUGUUGAAUCUGCUGAUGACACCGCCAACGAGCACUCAACCAUCCGUCACAUAGUUGCCAUGACCUUGUACAAGGAACCCAUGAGUGUACUACAAACCACCUUGGACUCUCUCGUGCAGCAGAGGGAUGCCAAAUCCCGCGUCUCCGUCAUUAUUGGCAUGGAAUGCCGCACACCUGACAAGGAAGCUAAACGCGAUGAAGUCUACGCCAAGUAUGAGGGCAAGUUCCUCCGUCUCAUAGUCACCUUCCACCCCUCAGGCAUUCCUGGGGAGAUCAGCGGCAAGUGCUCCAACAUGAACUAUGCCUGUCGCCAAGGCCUGGAGAUCCUCCGUCAGGACAUUGAGUAUAACUACGAGAAGUAUGAACACAUCUUCACCAACUGCGACUGCGACGCCGUGUUCGAUCCCGAAUAUAUGAUGGAGCUGGAAACCGAGUACUGCAAGCUGGACUAUGCCGACCGUCAUUCCUCCAUCUGGCAAUCCAUUAUCCUCUACAAGCGCGACUCCAUGCCCUUCUUCGUCGACAUUACCGGUGUCUUGCGUACCUUUUUCUUCAUGGGUGUUCUGAUUCCUUGGAACAUCAACCCCAUGUCUCACUACUCCCUUAGUGUGAGGUUGUUAGAGGAAGGCGCCUUUACCCACCCGGCCUACCAGAUGGAGGAUAUCAUUGCUCUGAUUCGCUAUACCAUCAACACACGACGGGAAAUCCGCAUCCGACCUUUGAAUCUCAUUUCCAUCAACGGCCCGACCUCUGGUGCCAACUACCUCGAUGAAAUCCGUGAAUGGGCCCUUCAGGUCCGCAGAUGGACCAUCGGCGCUGGCGAAGUUUUUCACUACUUCAUUGUCAAGACCUACCGAAUGCCUAGCCUCUACCUAUCCAUCAGCUGGGCCAGUCGCUUUUUCAUCUACUAUGGCCUCGUCCUCUGCGCUAGCUCCAUCUUCUCCGUGUUUUCCCCGUCAUCAUUCAGCUCCUGA